GUUUCAAGUACAGAUUAUAACACUGGGUAAUCUUAAUUAUAGCUCUCCAUUUAUUAAUUUUUUGAAUUAUACUUAAUAAGAAUGCGUGGUUUUUUGUGAAUGAUUAUAUAAAAUCUUCGUUAAAAUGGCCAAGUAUCUGACUGUUAUACUCGGGUGUUUGUUGUCCGCUUUCUCGUCGUCUUUCAGCGAUGAAGUUCCAACAAUCGCUAUUUCCUGUGGAAAAACACCAUUAACUGCCUUACCCAAGUACCAACACUCUAUGGAUGUUUUUGGGUUUAAAGAUUUGCUUGUAUCACUUUGGGAUGAGGACACUAAAGUAGUAAUGGUUUUGCAAAAUGAACUAAGCUUUGAAGACUUCACAGUAAAAGAUGAUCAUGGUCAUAGUUUAUUUAAAUUAUUUGAAAAUACUGAAGAAAAGCGUUUUUUCCCAUCAGUUGAUCAACCUGAAAAAGCUGUUGAAAUGUUAUCUAAAAAUGGUUUCUCUAUCAAAGAUUAUAAUGAUGAUACAUAUGUAAAUGGUUCUGGAAAAAUUAUAGCUUUGGCAGAUCUUAAUGAAAAUAAUCAUAAUAAUAAUAACGAUAGACAAUCAACUUUAUUGAAGAAUAAUGAUAAUAUUUCAAAAAUGUUUAAUCACCUUUGUAAACAGUAUACUAAUGUAGUAUUAGUGUUUUCUGGUAAACUGAACCCAUGGAUUAAAAAAACUGAAGAAUCAGAUGCACUUCAUUUUGUAACCAGACACCUAAUGGCAGCUGAUAGUACAUCUGAACCAUUGAAAAUUAUAGAUCCUAAAGGAAAAUCACUAAUAUAUUCAGCUAGCUAUCCAACUUUAUCGAUUAACAAUGGUCCUGAUACACAACUAAAAGGAUCUAAUGCUGAAGUAUUUAUUGAUGAUUCACGUGAUUCAUUACUUAAAGUUGGAACUACCUUUUUAGCCAAUGAAUCAAAAGUGACAUUACGUUUUCGUUUUGAAAGAAAAACAUUUAAUUGGGAUUUGAAAUCAAUUGAGUUUGAUAAUGGUAGCUCUAAUGUUCUACUUACACCUAAACAGCCAAUUGGUGCUCAAAAAGGAUUGUCUUACUUCUCAGAAGGUCCAGUAAUCUUCUCUAAUGAAACCAUUGUAUUGAAAUUUAAUGAUAAAUUUCAGGUUCAGCCAUGGUUGACUAAGUCAUCAGAAAAUGCAAAAUUCAGUGAUCCUCAAGAACGAGAUUCUUUUUUUACUCCGCCCAUAUUGGCUGGUUUAUUUGUCACUUUCCUUCUGCUAUUUAUUGUUACAUGGGGUAUCACUAUGAUAAUGGAUAUCAAAACCAUGGAUACAUUUGACGAUCCUAAAGGCAAAACCAUUACUGUCAAUGUUGCUGAAUAAAUUUACAUUCCAUCAAUGUUUU